AUGGUGAUAAAGAAAGAAACUGAUGAAGGCAUGGCUAAAUACUGUAUAUGUAAAGAAAAGAGAGAGAGAAAGAGAGAGAGAGAGCAGGAGGGAGGAGGCAGUCACAGCAGUGGAGUAAGCAUCGUCAAAGCGCCCAGAGUGGAUCGAGCCAGUAGAGCAGACACUGUUACAGCGCAACACAGGGAGCUUCCAUCAGAAAAAGAAACACCCCUACACAGACGCACACACAAACAGAGACACAGCAAGGCACGAGGCAGGCAAGGACUGUCUGAUGAGCUCAUAUCAAGUGUGAGACUGAAAGGAGAGAGUGAGAAAGUUUGCUGUGUGGCUUGUGUAUUAAUGAGAGAAGCCAUGCCUGUCCUCUCACCCAGCACAGGCCUACAUGAGAUGCUAGCAUUGCUCACGUCUCAGCUGCACCCGGGAGCGAAUCACAAAGAGGACCUGGUAUUCCUGAGAGAGGUUUUCAGUGAGAGGAGCCUUGGGUACCUAAUGAGAAUUCAUGAGCGCCUCAGGCAGUACGAGCAGCAAAGCCCGACCCCUGUGCUCCACAGCGCUGCCUGUCUGGCAGAGGAUGUGGCUGAGGAGCUGCAGAAUGGGCCACUAGAAGAAGAUGAGAAGGAGCUGUUUAUGCUUCUGACAACUCCACAUGUGAAGGCUGUGCUAACAGUGCACGACACAGUAGCGCAAAAGAACUUUGAUCCUGUGCUACCUCCAUUGCCUGAUGAUCUAGAGGACGAGCUGGAGGAGGAAUCGAUUAAGAUUGUACGUCUAGUGAAGAGCAAGGAACCUCUAGGGGCGACCAUCCGUAGAGACGAGGUCACCGGAGCAGUGGUGGUCGCUAGGAUCAUGAGGGGCGGGGCUGCGGACCGCAGCGGGUUAGUGCACGUGGGAGAUGAGCUCAGGGAAGUCAACGGAAAUCUCAUCACCCACAAGCGACCUGAUGAGAUCAGUCAAAUUUUGUCUCAGUCCCAGGGUUCCAUCACUCUGAAGAUAAUCCCUGCCAUUAAGGAGGAGGACAAACAUAGGGAGAGUACGGUCUAUUUAAGGGCCCUGUUUGACUACACCCCAUUUGAAGACAAGGCCAUUCCCUGCCAAGAGGCAGGACUUCCUUUUCUGCAAGGUGACAUCCUGCAGGUGGUGAGUCAGGACGACCCUACAUGGUGGCAGGCCAAACGGGUGGGUGAUAGCAACCUGCGUGCUGGCCUUAUACCAUCAGAACACUUUCAGCAGAGACGCCUGGCACAUAGACUGAAAACUGGCACUCACCAGAGUCCUAAGUCACCAAGCGGACCACCUUAUGACCAGGCUUGUGAUAAAGAGGACUGUGACUGUGGGGGCAGUGGACAGCACAUAGUUUCUCCAAAGUGUAAGGCGGUGGCACCCACCUGUGGUCAGGCCUUUUCCUGGGAGUUCUAUUCAGCAAGUCUUAGGAGAAGUUUCCGAUUAAGUCGAAAGGAUCGACACAGCUCUCCUGAAGACUCUCAGCCUGCAGAGUCGGAAGAAUCCAAGUUUUUUGUCUAUGAAGAGGUCACACGGUAUCAGCAGAAGCCUUCAGACAAACCACGACUGGUGGUGUUAAUUGGGUCUCUGGGUGCUCGAAUCAAUGAACUGAAGCAAAGAGUGAUUGCUGAGAACCCGCAUCGCUAUGGAAUAGCUGUACCACACACCACUCGGCCGAAGAAGAGCCACGAGAAAGAAGGAGUUGAAUACCACUUCAUCUCCAAGCAGGCCUUUGAGACAGAUAUUCAGAGUAACAAGUUUAUUGAGUAUGGAGAAUAUAAAGAUAACCAAUAUGGGACAAGUUUGGAGUCUGUUCGGAGCGUAUUGGCUAGAAACAAAAUGUGUUUAGUGGAUGUUCAACCUGAGGCUUUAAAAAUCCUUCGAACAGCUGAGUUUAAGCCCUACGUGAUAUUUGUCAAGCCAUUUAUCCCUGAGAGCCUCCACCAUUGCAGCAGAGCCACAUCACCAUCAGGGGGCGACAACGCACACCUUUCGGAGGAAGAGCUUCAGGAGAUGCGUCAUUCAGCUGAGCAGCUGGAGCAGCAGUAUGGCCACAUGGUGGAUAGGGUCCUAGUGAAAGAAGACCCUGCCAGUGCUUGUGCAGACCUCAGGAGUAUCCUCGAGCGACUGGAGAGAGAGGCACAAUGGGUUCCAGUCAGCUGGGUCCGAACAUGAAUUCUUUCUCAGUCUGUAAUAAGGUGCUCAUGAACCUGACUGUCUCUGUGUCCACCACAAAAGUGCAUCUAAAAUACUAUUGUGUAGCUGUGCUUUAAAAAAGGGGCCAACAGUCUUGCAUGAAUUAAUGUCUGGACAAAUUACAUCCAUUAAGCAGGGCUCAGGUUUAACAGAGUAGCUGAGGGACAAAGUGUUUUGCAUUGAAAUUCUGGGCUCGACAGUGAAGGGUAAAUAAGCAUAAGGUACCCAAUACAACACAAUAAGCUAACAAACUAAGAAGCUUUAUUUAUAUAGUCCCUUGUAUGUGUGGGUUGUUUUCAUGUUCUCUGUCCUUAAAUCUGCCAUAUGCCAGAUUGUCAGGUGUAUUGGGUUUGUUUAAUUGACCACGGUGUGAAUGAGAAUAUUACUAAGAAUGAAUUAAUGAAUUAGUAAAUAAUUAAUAGGAUUCUUUAGCAAACGUGCAAGGCUAAAGGCCUGAUGAAAUACUUGAAGGCUUUGUCAUUCCUUCUUAAAGGAAAACGGAUAGCAAAAAAAGUACAAAUAAAAGAGAUGGUUAGAUACCAAGAAACUAAUAAUUAGCUUAUAAUGACCUAAUAAUUAGGGUACUAGUCUUGCCAUUGUUAUAUAAUAAAAUAAGAUGUGUACACAAAAAUACACAUUGUAGUCUUUAUAGUGAAUGAAAAUUUAUUUGGGGGGAAUUUUUAUUUUAAAUAAAUAUGAUGAUUACUUGCACAUAUUAAAAUAUGGUUAAAUAUGUUUAAUAUGUAAUAUGACCUGGCUACACUGUGGCUUUCUGGUUAGCAUUGUGGCUGUGCAUCCAGGGUGUGUGUGUCUGUUUGUGUUUGUGUGUGUGUGUGUGAGAGAGAGAGAUUGUUUGUCUUGUGAUAAAUUGGCACCCUGUGCUGGGUGUAUCUCGCCUAAUGCCCUGAGUCACCUUGGAUAGGCUCCAGGCCUCCCGCGACCCUGUACAGAAUAAGUGGUACAGAGAAUGAGUGCGUAAGUGAGUUAUAUAAGCAAACAGAUGAACUAGACACUUAAGAAUAUGUUCCCUGUGAAAAGUUUCGAAAUUCACAUGAUGUAGCCAUGUGUCGUAUUUUCUCCUUAUUCUGCAUCCUGUCUAUAUGUAAUAACUGUGUAUAUACCCCAGUGUUACAUAACAUUAUAUCAUGUUACAUGUACUGUAUACUUUAUGUGCAAGCCCCUGGUCAUUAAUAUAUAUCAAUUCUAUAGUCUGUAACCAUGACUGAUGUGUUGGAUAGAUUAUCCUAAGUUGGCUAAAUAAUUUUGGAUAUCAGUAUUAAACUUUAAAUAUGAUUUACAAUUAGAUAAUAGGAUUCAGGAAUGAGGCAUGUUAAAACCCUGGAGUCAUGUAAUAAUAGUAUGUUAUUGCCUUAUAACCCUUUCAAUAUUUUAAUAUUAAUAUAAUGUAAUAUGAAUUGUGAUGGGUCCCUCCUUUUGUCUGAACAAGUGUGCUAAUACAUACUUAUGGGCAUGAUGUUAGAAAUCACUUAUUUUUAUAUUAACGUAAGAAGAUGAGAACUUUAAUAGAGUGUCCAUUUUAGAAAUUUAUCAUAUAUCUUUUUUUUAUAUCAUGUGGUAACCCAAUAAACAUG